ACCUCACUCUCCCACGCCUUCUUUAGCAGCUCAUCAAACUUCGGAUGUCUGGUCUAGAAUCGAAAGAACUUAAACGGUUUGGGCGGUGAUUGUUUUAUAGCCUCAGUGUCCACCAAACUUGGACAGUGAUCUGAGACUCCUGGCUUCUGAAAAUGAACUGAGCUCUCUGUCACCUUAUCCAACAAGUCAAAAUUAACCAACACCCGAUCUAACUUUUUCGCAAUUGGACGAGCGUCUUGCUUGUUAAGCCAAGUAAACCACGGUCAUGUUGCCUGAUGGUCUUCUAGUUCCAAUUCCAUAAUCCACUUGUCAAAAUCCUUCAUUCUUGUACUACAGUGUGUUACAUUUGAAGCUUCAACUUGACUUCUAAUCACAUUAAAAUCCCCAGAUAUCAUCCAAGGAGCUCCCUGGACUAUAAUAUUCCUCAGAUCAUCAAACAACUGCCUCCUAUCCUUCUCCUUAUUCGAAGCAUACACAAACGUUGCAAAGAAAGGCACAACAUCAUUUACUAGGACAUGAUUGAACUGCUCAGUAAAGUGCAAGAUACGUAAAGAAAUAUCCUUCCUCCAAGCCAGCCAAAUCUUCCCUAACCCAGCCAAGGAGUAUGUAAUCUCAUUCUCCCAAUCGAGAAACCUCUUAUUUACUAGCUUUUUCUCUUCUUUUUUCCUAAUUCUCGGCUCAAGUAUAGCUACUAUACUAAUAUUAUGCUUAUUUAUCUUCCUACGUACCUCUAGAUACUUACUAUCAGCUACAAACCCCCCUAGUAUUCCAGGUGAGUAUCUCAUCUACUAUUUUACAUCAAACAUGACCCUUUUUUUUUAAAAAAAAAUUAUUAAACAUACUGGUGGACCCUAAGAAAAUUUUAUUUUAUUGGACGGAAACAACCCCACCCCGAGGUCACUCCGGUCACCCGGGUCAAAUACCUUGGGUCACCCAGCCCACCUUGGGGUCACUCAGGCCACCCUGGGGUCAAAUACCUUGGGUCACCUAGCCCACCCCGGGGUCACUCCGGUCACGCGGGUCAAAUACCUUGGGUCACUUUAGGAUCACUCCGGCCACCCUGGGGUCAAAUACCUUGGGUCACUUUGUGAUCACUCCGGCCACCCCGGGGCCAAAUACCUUGGGUCACCUUUGGGUCGCUCCGGCCACUCCGGGGUCAAAUACCCUGGGUCACCUCGGCUACCUUGGGCUCUCCGCCCACCCCAUGUCACCUCAACCUUUGGCCACAUACCCCCGCAACGUGUCCAUCGACCAAACCACCAAGCUCUCGAAGGAGACACGUAAUCCCUUCAUGUUCGCCUGGGAGCCUCUAUAAAAGGCCACUUCGUCUCCAGAUUGAGGUAAGCAAAAAUUUUCCCAUGCCUAGACUCGUGAACUCGCGCUAUGAUUAGCGCAGAUAUUCAUUCUCAACUCCAUUCACUCAUCUUUCUUUUCGAGAUCAUAUUCCUCUCCACUCAACACCCUAACUAACUUGAGCGUCGGAGAGUGUCCCCGCCGAGAUCGGCUGGCGGACCCUUUUUGCAGGAGACGAGCGGAGCUAACAUCACGAGUGAAGUUCGAGGUGAAAGGUGGUCGUCGACCGACUCCGGUGCCCAGCAUAAAAAAUUCGACGUCGGCUACAACCCUGGCAUCAACACAUACCCUUCUGUUAAAAUUUCCAUUGAAAAAAUUGUCAAUCAUGGUUGAACCGAGAUUUAGACGACCCGACAUCGGCAAAUGAAAGCGAAAAUGUUAGUUUUGUGUCCCAUUUUAUUUCUCUGUGUCUCUUCAAAUUGAAAUUAUUUGAAUUAUUUGGCUAUACAAAAGAACAAAAAAUAAAUUCUAAAGUGAAAUUAUUAGAGAAAUCUUAGACAUUUGUGUCAUCCAAACAUAAGAUCGGCCUUGGUUAACGAUUUUUGGAUGAAAAUUUUAACAAAAGUGCAUGUUUGAUCAUUUUUACAAAGUACAGGGGAUGUUUGAUGAAAAAAUAGUAGAGGGGCAUGUUUGAUUAAACGUCAUAAUAAAGGAGCAUAUUAUACCUACAACCCUAAAAAAAAUCUAAAAUAUAAGUUCAACAAAAAAACUGGUAAAUAAUUUGAAGAUCCAUCUUCUAAACAAAUAACAAUUUAAUUUUUUAACCCUUACAAUUAGUAUUUUUUUUUUGUUCUGCAGUCUUUGUUCGGGCGUGGCUAUUGAUGUUGUGUGACAAGGGUUUUGUUCUCUCCAGUUUGCCGAUACCUUGCAUCAAACCUAGGGAUGCUAGAAAAAUACAAAAAACUAAGACUCAUAGCAUAAUAACUAAGGAAGUGGCGUCAGGUAAUAUCUAUGCAUGUAAGAAUUUUGUAAACAAAUGAGCAUAAUUAUAUCAUUUAUUAUAAUUAGUAGAAUGAUUGUGGAAUUCAUUUGAAAAUUUCAUCUUAGUUACUUGAAAUUGCUAUAACUAGUUCGAACUUCGUAGAAUUCAAAAUUUAAAUUUGAAAAUGAUUUUUUUAAAUACCAAUAGAAAACUUAUGGAAUUCAUUUAUACCAGAAAAUAUGUUAAAUACCAUAUACAAAAAGAUUUGGGUAAAUACAAUUUAAUAUCCAAACCUUUCAUUUUAAAAAAAAUAAUAGCCAAACCUUUUCAUAUAUAAUAUAAUAGUCAAAUCGUCAACUUUCCAUCCGGUUGACUGUUAGUUUACUGUGACGUGGCAGUUGUAUCGCUGGCUUGGAUUUCGAUUGGUGACGUGGCAGUUGUAUCGCUGGCUCUUCCGUUCAACUCCUGCCACGCCUUGCCGACGUCGCGGACCUCCUCCACCUCAUCGAGGAGCUCAGGGAGCGAUGAUCCAAUUUGAAGAUGCAGCUGCUCGAGUUCAAGCUUCUGAAGGAGACCGCUACCAUUGCACCCAAAUUGGAGGGAAAUAUCUUCGCUAAGAACGCAGAAAUUGAGAGGGAAGAGAGCCACGCGAGAAUGCAGGUUAUGGAGGACGAGCUUCAGAAGCUAAGGAAAAUGGGUCUGGAGAGAGGGAUCAAUAGAGUUGACCUAGAAUCCCCAAGCCUCCACCAAACUGUCGCCGUCGUCAAUGUCAUUGUUGUCGGCCUCGCCACCACCAUCUUGCAUCCUCGACCAAUCUGCUUCUGUUUUCCCACCGCCAUUGCCUACUUUUCCCCUAUCGUUGCCGCUGGCGUCGACCACUGCAGUUGUGAAUCUGGCCCCACCAUUGCCGCCGCCUCUGCUAAAGAGGUUGAAAGCUGGGGCAAUGAAGGUGAGAUGCGUGCUGGAAGUUGCGGAGUUCUACCACUCUCUAUUGCAGAGGGAUUCAAGGAAGGAUGGUUUGGUUGAUGAAAUUAUUAACUAAUAGCAAAAUAAUUAAAUUAAUUAAGCAAAGUAAAUUUGUCGGGAGAAAUUCAAUGGAGAAAGCUCUGGGAGAAACACUGAGACUCACUGCCUAUCCUAUCCAUAUUAAUUCACAUAUUCCAAUCAAUUUAAUCCAUAUAUCUACAGACUACAGCCAGGAUAUCACUACUGUGCCAGCUAUCCCUGUCGGGAAUUACUACGUACUAAACAAUUAAUUCAAAUCCUAAUGUCAUAGCUCAAUGACUUAAUUAUUUAGCCUGAAGAUCGAUAUCCCAUUGAAGACCGCAUAGCACCUUAUUUAAUCCACUGUCGCUUCAAUAAGUUACUAUGUCACAU